UCCUUCUCACUCAACGCCAAGCUCGAGGCGAUUUUGUGGGAUAUGGAUGGUGUUUUGGCCGACACGGAACGGGACGGACACCGUCCAGCGUUUAAUCAAGCCUUUGCGGAAAACAAACUGGACACGGUGUGGGAUGUCGAUCUGUACGGAAAGUUGUUGGAGACUGGCGGUGGCAAGGAACGAAUGACGGCGCACUGGAACAACGUUGGUUGGCCGGAAAGCAUUCCAGAAAACGUUCGUUCAGAAAAAGUAAAAGAACUGCAUAUGCGCAAGACGGACAUCUUUAUGGAUAUGAUCAAUGCGAAAAGCAUUCCUUUACGACCGGGAGUCUUGCGCAUUAUUGAUGAAGCCAUUGCCGGCGACAUUCAACUAGCUGUCUGUUCGACCAGCAACGAAAAGGCGGUCAGAAAUUUGGUCCAUACUCUAAUGGGAGCGGACCGCGCAAAACGGUUUCGUAUUUUUGCGGGGGACAUGGUGGAGAACAAGAAGCCCGCUCCGGAUGUAUACAACAUGGCGGUAGACGAAAUGGGUUUGGACAAAUCCCGGUGUGUAAUUGUGGAAGACAGUGGGAUUGGUUGGGGAGCGGCGAAAGCUGCAGGGAUUGCCUGCAUCGUGACCAAGAGUUCGUACACGGCACAGGAAGAUUUCACCGGAGCCAAUUUGAUCUUGCAGGAGCUUGGUGACAACCCCGCAACCGGAGUCACGCUGGAAACCUUCGAAGGGCUAUUAUCCUAG